AUGUCUGACAAAGAAGACGACGGCGAGAAUCAUCGAGGGCGGCCUGUUCAAAAUUUUUACAACAAAUUUGUGCAUACGAUUGAGCAGGCGUUGAAUGUGGUUGCGUACGGCGAGCAUUCGACAAACGGCAAAAUUUUGGCGUCGACUGAUUUGGAGGGCAUCGCCGAAUAUAUCAAGCGAAAGAAUCCGAAAAAUGUGAUCGUUAUGACGGGCGCGGGAAUUUCGACAUCGGCCGGCGUUCCCGAUUUUCGAUCGCCCGGAACGGGACUCUACGACAAUUUGCAAAAAUACAACCUGCCCGACAGUCAAGCGAUAUUCGAUAUAAGCUUCUUCGAGCAAAAUCCCGAGCCAUUCUUUCAUUUAGCCAAGAAAUUGUUUCCAAAGAAUUUGAAGCCAACUCCUGCUCACCAUUUUGUCAAGCUUCUUGACAAAAAAGGGAUGCUUAAGCGAUGGUAUACGCAAAACAUCGAUACACUUGAAUUCAUGGUGGGCAUUGACGACGACAAAAUUGUGACGGCUCAUGGCUCGACAAAAACGGGCACGUGUCGAAGAUGCGAUAAGAAAUAUGACAUCAAAUGGAUGACCGAUAAAAUUCACGAUCCAAAUAUUCUGGUCCCACGAUGUGACGUUGAAAACUGCGACGGAGUCGUCAAACCCGACAUCGUCUUUUUCGGCGAAUCUCUACCUCGCCGCUUCUUCAGUUGUUCAAUUCAGGACUUUCCAAAUUGCGAUUUGCUUAUCAUCAUGGGUACAUCGCUAGUGGUCCAGCCAUUCGCUAGUCUAAUACACGAGGUGUCUGAAAAUGUUCCAAGACUAUUGAUAAAUCUCAACGAAGUGGCCAAAUCGAUUGCUGGAGAAGCCGAGACUGGCUUGUGCUACGCGAUGAACAGCAACAAACGCGAUGUCUUUCACAAAUCGACUUGCGAUGAUGGUGUGCGAAGACUCGCCGAGUUGCUUGAUUGGGAAAUUGAGCUUGGCGAGCUGAUUUGCGAAGGUGAAGUCAAACACAAACAUGAAAAUGCCAUUUAA